CCUCUCCCCGCGAAGGAUCCCCGAAAGAGUAGCCUCUUCUCGCCGGUUGCUCCCAGUCGGCCCAGUCCGGCCGGGCCCGAAGACCCGCCUUUGAUUGGCUGCGCCGCCGGGCGGAAGUGAUGCUGCUGUCACUGGCUUCGGACCCCCGGGAAGCCGCGAGUUUCCGCAGGGAGGCGACGGCUGGGGCGGCCGCCCGGCCGCUUACUGCUCUAAUGCCGAAGGAGAGGCAGAAGGUGCCACACUUGGAUGCCCCCCUGGGCCUGCCCACCUGCCUUUGGCUGGAAAUAGCUGGGCUCUUCUUACUGUUUCCCUGCAUCAUGGGCCUGGCAGGGACAGGUGGGCCUGACGCCCAGGGCCCAGGGGGGCUAAGCUGGGCUGUGCAGCUGGACAGCCAGAAAGGCAGUGGAGAAGAAGAGACACUGGAGCAAGAGGCCGAUGCCUUGGCCCAGGCAGCAGGACUGGUGAAUGUCGGACGUAUCGGGGAACUCCAGGGCCAUUACCUCUUUGUCCAGCGAGCUGGGCACCAGCUAGACCAGCAGGUAGAGGUCAUCCGGCAGCAGGCAGAGGCUGUGCUAGCCAGACAUGGCGCUGUGCGCUGGCACUCAGAGCAGAAGCUGCUAAAGCGAGCCAAGCGCAGCGUCUACUUCAAUGACCCCAAGUUCCCACAGCAGUGGCACCUGAAAAACUGGCAGAGCCCCGGCAGAGACAUCAACGUGACGGGUGUAUGGGAACGCAAUGUAACUGGGCGAGGAGUGACUGUGGUGGUAGUGGACGAUGGAGUGGAGCAUACCAUCCAAGAUAUUGCUCCCAACUAUAGCCCUGAGGGCAGCUAUGACCUCAACUCUAAUGACCCUGACCCCAUGCCCCACCCGGAUGUGGAGAAUGGCAACCACCAUGGCACUCGGUGUGCGGGAGAGAUUGCCGCAGUGCCUAACAACAGCUUCUGUGCGGUGGGAGUGGCAUAUGGGAGCCGCAUAGCAGGUAUCCGGUUACUAGAUGGACCCCUCACAGAUAGCAUGGAGGCUGUGGCGUUCAACAAGCACUAUCAGAUCAAUGACAUCUACAGUUGCAGCUGGGGACCAGAUGAUGACGGGAAGACAGUAGAUGGCCCCCAUCAGCUUGGAAAGGCUGCCUUGCAACAUGGGGUGAUUGCUGGCCGCCAGGGCUUUGGGAGUGUCUUUGUGGUCGCCAGUGGCAAUGGGGGCCAACACAAUGACAACUGUAACUAUGAUGGCUACGCUAACUCAAUCUACACCGUCACCAUAGGUGCAGUGGAUGAGGAGGGACGGAUGCCUUUCUAUGCAGAGGAGUGUGCCUCCAUGCUGGCGGUCACGUUCAGCGGUGGGGACAAAAUGCUCCGGAGCAUUGUGACCACUGACUGGGAUCUGCAGAAGGGCACAGGCUGUACUGAGGGCCACACAGGGACCUCAGCUGCAGCCCCUCUGGCAGCUGGCAUGAUAGCCCUCAUGCUGCAGGUGCGGCCCUGCCUCACGUGGCGUGAUGUCCAGCACAUCAUUGUCUUCACAGCCACCCAGUAUGAGGAUCGCCACGCAGAUUGGGUCACCAAUGAGGCAGGCUUCAGCCACAGCCACCAGCAUGGAUUCGGCUUGCUCAAUGCUUGGAGACUUGUUAAUGCAGCCAAGAUCUGGACAUCUGUCCCUUACUUAGCUUCCUACGUCAGCCCCGUGUUAAAAGAGAACAAGGCUAUCCCACUGUCCCCUCACUCACUGGAAGUACUGUGGAAUGUCAGCAGGAUGGACCUGGAGAUGUCGGGGCUGAGGACCCUGGAGCACGUGGCAGUGACAGUGUCCAUCACCCACCCACGACGUGGCAACUUAGAACUGAAACUCUCUUGCCCCAGCGGCAUGAUGUCCCUUAUCGGCCCCCCCCGCAGCAUGGACUCGGAUCCCAAUGGCUUCGAUGAUUGGACCUUCUCCACUGUGCGAUGCUGGGGGGAAAGGGCAAGAGGGUCUUACAGACUCAUUGUCAGGGACGUAGGAGAUGAGAUGCUCCCGGCUGGCACCCUCCGGCAGUGGCAGCUGACCCUGUAUGGUUCUAUGUGGAGUGCAGGAGACAUCAGAGAGAGACAAAGAGUAUUAGAAGGUGCCAUGAACGGACAGUACCUGCAUGAUGGCUUCACUCUGCCCUGCCCUCCAGGGCUGAAAAUUCCUGAGGAAGAAGGUUACACCAUUACCCCUAACACCCUCAAGACCUAUUGCAGGGGAAGGAGGAGCACGUUUGCUGACCCAGUGCCUGACAGACCCAGCGUGAGACAGGCUCUUCCUUCCCCAGUUUUGGGAAGCUUGGAAAGCUGCUCCGAAGUCCCAGGAGCCCUGGAGAAAAGGCUUCCUGAUGCUUACAUCUGAAAUCCAAAGGCUAAAGAGCACCCUCUGACUGCUCAGGGAGGGCCAGGGCUUUCUGCAGGUACAAGUGGCAAAGGCAAGGCACCAGAGAACCGUGUGACAACAGCCACAGGAUCUUUUUCUAGCUGAACAGGGGCUUUGGGUGAAAAGGCCUUAGACAAGGGAUUGGCCCCCCGUCUCCUGUUGGGCAGGCCUCUAUCCUCAUUUCUGCGGGGCAAGUCAGCGGUGUGGGCCAUAGAGACCCUGCCCCAUGUGUGCAUGGUGAGAAGGUGAAGGUGCCUGCCCGGCCAAAAGAGCAUCUCAGCAGAAACACUGCUGGAGUCACUUGGGAAGAGAACUUGAGAGGUGAGGUGGGGAAGAGCCCCUGGAUGUGCCUGUCCUAAUGACCCAGGACAGGGAAACAGCAGACUUUUCUUCUCCCUCACCUUCCUGCCUGAGCCUGGACCUUGGACGGACUGGUAUGGCAGUCGGCCCUCAGCCUGGCGCACUGCCCUAAAAGCAGCUGCCUCCGUUUUUCCUCAUCAGAAGCCAACCAUGAACAUACCCCCGACUCCUUCCCCAUCACCUCGCUCCCUUCAUCCUCAAGGGUCAGUACGAUGCUCCUGGCAAAGCUGGGAGUGGGCAUGGGCCCCAGGGGUGUGCUGCUUCACUAGGGGAGUCUGCACAGGACUGUGACAGGUGCCAUCCACUGUCAACUCCAGCCCUGUGACCACCCUAUCUUCCUCUGAAAAGUGCUCAGGGAAAUGGCCUUACCCAGCUGCGGCCAGCUGUCUGCCUGACAGGCUGUGACUCUUUCUUUCCAUUCUUGGCCUCCUCCCCUCUUUUGAGCUGCUUGGUUGAUUUGUAUUUGUUUUUAAUACUCAAGGUUUGGUUUUCUGUUUCCACAGCAACUUUCAUUGACUUUUUUUCUGCACAGCUUUUCCAAAAUAAAAACCUUCCACACAA